AGCUUGAUGUUACACUCCGGAGGAUCAGAGGAAGUGCCGUUGUUGUCAGCAAUGUCUGCUUCUCUUACUGAAGAAACGGAAUUACUUGAGAAACACGAAGAAAUUUUAGGAAGGAGAGCAGAGCUGCUGGAGCAGAUGGAGAGUUGCAGAGAGCAGCUGAAGAUGCAAAGGAAGCAGCAGGUGAAAGAUUCUGAGGCCGCUCACCACAGGAACGCCACACUGCUGCAGGAUUUACGGAAGGUAGAGGAUCGUCUCAGAGGAAGACAGCUGCCGAGCCCAAAUCUCCUGGCUCUGGAGACAAGAUAUUGGGCGUCUGUGGAAGAGUCUAUCCCAGCCUGGGAGCACUUCCUCCUGGGUAAAGGCCCACCCCCUACUCAUGGUCCAGGACAGCCACCCAGGAGAGCCAAACAGAAACCCAGCACAGCUAAAGACCAGGGCCUGCCUCCUCGCCCAAAAGCCCGGACUGCUCGAUAGGUGGGCGGUGAUGCUGACAGUGCCACUGUAGCUUGAAAGACAGCUUUGAUGGUCACAUGAUGCAGAUGAUCAAAGGCCUGUUGAUUCUCUAAGUUAGAUCCUUCUCCAUGACCAGGGUUGGAGACUUUCGGUGAACGAGCAUUUCGAACUGGAAACAAAAUUGUUUCAGGGACACAGACAUUUAAUGUUCUUGAACUGGCUCAUCGAAGAGGGAAGGAGGGAGGGAGGAGGGGAAAAAAGGAAGACAGAGAAAGGGAGCGAGAAGUAAAAAGUGUAAGUGCUGGGGGGAACCAGAGAGAUGUAAAGUGCAUAUGGACUGACUGAGAGGUGAAAUUUAACUAUUUAUAAUUAACAUAUUAUUUGUAUUAUUAUUUGCUGUAAUUCAGUGUAAUGCUGUGGGUUAUCAGUAAAGUGUAUGAACUGCACUCCAGGCUGGCAACUCUGCUAGCAGUGUCCAGACUGUCUCAUAGAAAUGGAUCAAAUUUGUCCCCUGAAUGAGAGGGGUAUCAGAAACACAUGUCUAUGCACUCCACUAAAUCCACUUUCAUCUAAUAUUUUUACAGCCAAUACCUGCUGAUGGUUUCGGGCAGGCUACUUAAGAAAUGUACUGAGCUAAGCAACCAGCUACUCUACAUCAGAAUACAUAGUGUGUCUCAGAUUGCGUACUUAAGUACUAAACACUUAAUAUUUGGGUGCACAAGUGUGCUACAUGUGUUUACGCUGCAUAGUACGGGAAAAUGCACUGUGCCACUGGCACACUCGAAACGGUCCCUCAACGGUAGCUGUCUUUGUAACGUAGCAGAGGCUAUACGUGUUCUACAUGUUUUUUGCCUUGCCAGCUAGCCAAUUUGCUACUAGCUAUGGUGGAACAUUUUAAUCAGCAUUGACAUUGUGGUGUAAGUUUGGUUUAUGUUGGGCGGAGAUUAGUGGUCAAAUGUUGGCAAUAAUACUCCACUGUCUGUUUGCAAUUCACCAUUUAAAAGGAAGAUGAAGAAAAAGAGGUGAUAAAAAAAAAAAAGCCGUCUUCACAUCCAGUAAGUGCAAAACGGCGGCACGCGAUUUUAAACAGCAGUGCCCUUUUGAAAUUAGUGCAACAGAAGGGUACGUAGUGUACAUAGUGGACUACAUUGACGACCAACAAAAGUAUGUUUCACUACAUUGAAGCUAUCUCCAGGGAAACUACAAGAAAAUGUCAAAAGUAGCUCACUACUUGCAAAGUUACUUUUUUUUUUAUAAAAUAACAGACUUAAAUGAAAGCUGUCUUCUUUUUGUAUUUUCUUUGGAAGACUUUGUGACAUUUGAACAUGUCUUCCAAAAAUAUGACGUCAUCAGUUGGCCUGUUGCUCUCUCUCUCUUUCUCUCUCCUCUUCCUAUUUAAUGCAUGUCUCUGUCUUGGCCUGCCUCAGUAGGCUAUCUGGCUAUGUCAAUAAUUCAAAAACAGAAUUCCACAAUAUAUUUUUCACUCAAUAAAACCAUAAUAAAUAAAAGACAGUUAUAUAAACAAUAAAAAUAACAGACCUAAACUUUUUUUUGUCCACUUACUUAAUAUAUACAGUCUAUGGGCAAGACAAGUGAGCGACGCAUUAAGUCGGGCGGUUCGUGCCAAGAAAAGCCAAUUAACGAGCAGAAAAAACUGAAGGAUUAGCAUAUGAUGUGGAAGUGUUUCCCUCGUCUACAUCCCUCAGUGUGGCGCUGGCAUCAGUCACAUUACUUAUCCUCAUUUUUAUUAUCCUUACUUUUGUCCAGACCUCUGCAGAAAAAAAAUCUGCUGCACUUCAGAGCUUUUCCUGGGAAGAAGAGCAUGUAACUUGUAGACACUACUGCAUCUCCUUGGUCAAUUAAUCAGCUUUGCUACUAAAAAGUUACUUGACUCAGAAAGUAGUGACGUUAGAGAGAGAAAUACUGAGAAAUGCAGUUACAUUAGUAAUAUCGCUACUUGUAGUGACACUACUGCCCACACUGCUGAUGGCCAAUCUACAUUUCACUGCUCACAGAGGAGCGAUGACCCACAUGCUUGCAACUAUUAACAGUUUAGAUCACCAUUAGAGUUUUAAAACAGAAUAUGUUGCUGCUUGUAAUGAUCAUAGCAGUAGGGGAUCUGUUUAUUACUAACAGGGGGACGGCCCCAGAUUGAUAAUACAAAAUAUUUUAAUAUCUCUGGCCUCAGCUGGGAUGAGAGUGGGUAAGUUUGCUCAGAGAUGCCCUGUGCUUUGUUCGGAAUCAGAAUAUAGUAUGAGUUUUGAGAAGAAUGAACAUUCAAGAGUCUGUCCAUUCUUGAUUAAAAGCUCUGUUUUUACUGUCCACUUUUGUCUCUUGCAAGUCUUGCAACUGGCAAUUACCGUACUAUACAAAGGGAGAAAGUCCCUGUAGAGUAGGCGGUAUCACCCCUGUUGAAUCGCUUGUCAGAAUGCACAGAUUUGAUUGGCUGAGUAGCAUCACAUGAGAUGACUCUGAGGGAUGGUGCCCCCUCGCCCCUCCUCAAAUUGCCUACUGAUUGUAGUUUUGCACUCACAUGCACCUGUUUUUUAUUUAUUUCAUUUAUUGUUCUUUAUAACGAAAUGAUCAUCAUAGAUAAUUCUUUGCAUUUAUUUAUGUAACUCAUUUUAUCCCUUUUCCUAUUUUGUUUGUAUUGAGACCAAAAUGAUGAUUCUAUGACGCUAAUGUUGUGGGAGCAGUAACCGUGUCCAUCCUGACAGUAGACGAUCAAUGUGCUGUUGCUUUACUGAAAAUAUCUGUCAGUGUUUGUAGUGUUAUUUCAGAACCACUAGAGGGAGCCAGUGUCAAAGAAAAAAAAGCUCUCUAUGAGUAAAGCUAAACCCUUGCUGAGGAAAUUACCUCACAGCUUGUUUGCAACAAUACAUGAUUUAAACUCAUAUUUACAGAACACACGCUCCCUUUGUCUCUCAUUAUGACUGACAGUAUCAUGUUCAGUUCAGUUUAUCAUCCUUAUGAAACUACCUUAACAACACCGAAAUAACCUUAUAAUUAUAGUGUCAGCAUUUGAAAAUGGGUCAACUAAUCCAUUUGUCAAAGGAGGCUUUUCAUCACAUUAUCACUGCUGAUUUUCAUCCGCUAAAAUUCCUUUAAUGUUGUUGGACAGCCAGGACUCAACUAGUAUUCAUUGUACGGAAAAGAAGUAAAAAUUCCAAAGUGCUUGUGAGUUCUAAUAAGUAUAACGAAGGAUUCUCUUGAGUAGGGAACACAAAAGUCCAAAAAAGGUGGGGGAGAAGGCUGUUUGUGCUGUUAUGCAGGGGGUGUGAUGUGUUUUCUUUGUUUCUAGUAUUUUGCUAUGACAUAGCCAUCUGAUUAAAGGCUUUUUAAGGUUUUGACAGAAGACUGCCUUGGAAAAUUUGAUGUAGCUUUGGUGCGUUAUUUGUCCCCCUUUCCAACAAGAUAGUUUAAAAUGGUUGGUACCGGUGGAUGGCCUAGUUUGAUAUGAUACCAGUGUAGUCACUGUAACUUUGAAACUCAGCCCGAUGUAGCAGGUUUUAUUCACUAAUAUUAGUCUGCCUCACUUCUCACCAUCAGCUCCACCUGUCAUACCUGCUGCUUCCUCACAAUUUUUUGCCAGACAUUUGUCCAUUGCCUCUCUGCACCUUUCAUUGUCUUGUUCUCUCUGUACCCUUGCUUCUCUUUUUUUAGAAGCUCCUGAUUUUUAGUGAGGCAUUCUGACUUUGCUCGUCAGGCUGCAGUCCAUAUCUGCAGGGGGGUGGGAGUUGGACUUUGAGUCUAUUCUCAAGACUGUUUUUUUGUAAACGUGUUACGUUGUUAAGAUACAUUUAGUACUGGAGACAUUAAACAGUGAUGCACUGAUGAAGGUCUGCUGAUUUGGUUGAAUUUUUUUUUUAAUCUGUGAACCAUUAUUAACAUUCAAAAUAAAUAGGGUUUUGAAAUAAAUAUGUUGAUAUCAAGAUCACGCUCAGGUAUUGCACUGGUAAAUUCUUCAGGAUCUGUGGCCCUCCAGCUUUAUGAGCUGCCUUCUAAAGUGUUUUGGAGGUCUUGGCUUUGUCAGCUAUUUGCAAAAUGAUCCUACGCAGUAUGACUGCUUCCAUGGGAGUCAAAUAACAACACAUCCCACAUUAUAUGAUGCAGCUGUUAGAACUGAAGUUGUGUGUGGACGUACAGAAAAGAGACACGGGCCGCAACGACAGGAGUAAUGAGAGGAACGUCCCACCCAUUUGUCACCAGUGCAA